AUUGCUGCAUUUUCACCCAAUAGGCUCUGCCCUUCAAUACACUUCUGACCAAUGAUAUUCGAGGAUGUUCAAACGUUGAGCUUAAGGAAGUUGGUGAUGUGUGUAUUAUGUAUACAGCUGUUCCGACUCUGGCCAAAAAGUCAGCCGCCGUUUGGUCGUUAAGUGAGCUUAAGGUUUAGAGCCUCCGUUUGUAGCUAAAGGUAGCUUGCUUUCUAACUUCUGGGCGUUAAAAGUUGUCUCGUUUAGUUGAUCUCUCGCGGCAGCUGCCAUGCUGCUCGUUUUCCUCCUGUUCGCCACCUUUCGGGUCUCCAGGCUGGAGUGAAAAUAGAUGGGGGCCAUUACACCAGAAGAUGGAGGAUUUAACCAGGGGUCCUCAUGGCUGCUGUGAAGGUGUGGAGUUACUACAGCGCCCGUGUCCUAGGAGGAUGGGGCCCGCUGCUUUGUAUCGCCCUCGGCUCACUGGUGGCGCUCCUGAUGCCCAUGGUUGGGGUGGAGGAUCAGUGCUGUGCCUCCCUGAGAGGCAUCGCUCAGCUCCGCUGCCAGCUGUGGGGAAGUCCACAGCAGCAUCCAGCUGUGCAGUCCACCAGCCUCACCGUCCCCUUCACUGCUCUUGAUGUGCUGCCUCAGAGGCCCAAGCCGACCAAAGAGAUGGAGCUGGAGGCCAAAGCUGCACUGCAGUUGGCUCAGGAGAUGAAGAAACUUGGGAAGAGGGAGAAGGCUCACAAGCUGCUGGUGCAUGCACUUAGCAUGAACCCAGACUUUGUGGAUGCCCUGACGGAGCUGGGGACCAUUUUAGAGGAGGAGAAGGAUGUCGUCCAGGCAGAUCACCUCUACACCAAGGCCCUGGCCAUCUCACCGUGCAACGAGAGAGCUCUGGUUAGCCGAGACCGGACCCUUCCCCUGGUGGAAGAGAUCGAUCAGCGUUACUUCAGCAUCAUCGACAGUAAAGUGCGCCAGCUUAUGUCCAUUCCUAAAGGGAACUCUGCAUUCCGCCGAGUGAUGGAGGAGACCUACUACCACCACAUCUACCACACCGUGGCCAUUGAAGGCAGCACGCUCACGCUGUCAGAGAUUCGUCACAUCAUUGAGACGCGUUACGCCGUCCCCGGAAAGAGCCUGCAGGAGCAGAACGAGGCAAUCGGGGUGGAUGCGGCCAUGAAGUACAUCAACACGACGCUGUUGUCCAGAUCAGGAGCCAUCGCCGUCAACGACAUCCUGGAGAUCCACCGGCGGGUGCUUGGCUACGUAGACCCCGUGGAGGGAGGGAGGCUGCGCACCAACCAGGUGUUUGUGGGCCACCACAUCCCUCCUCACCCUCGGGACCUGCAGCGACACAUGCAGGAGCUCGUUCAGUGGCUCAACUCCGACGAGGCGCUGCAGCUUCACCCCGUGGAAUACGCUGCACUCGCCCACUAUAAACUGGUGUACAUACACCCAUUUGUUGACGGCAACGGACGCACGUCACGGCUGCUCAUGAACCUCGUGCUCAUGCAAGCGAGAUACCCACCAAUUACUAUCCGCAAGGAACAACGGGCUGAAUACUACGCUGCUCUGGACACAGCCAACGAGGGUGAUGUGCGGCCCUUCAUCCGCUUUAUUGCCAAAUGUACAGAAAUAACGUUGGACACGUUGUUGAUUUCUACAACGGAGCACGCCGUAGGGCUGCCGGGAGCAGGCCAGGACCAGACCUGUUUCGACUGCAAGCAGACCAUCCCAUUCCACAACUGAGCAUAGGGUAGGGAGAAAGGAGCGUGGCAACACUGGUAUGCAAACAUAGAUGUCAGUUCAUUUCAAAGCUCCAUCAUAAAAUGUGAAUUCCUUUGUCCACAUCGUACCCAUCAUUCCCUCCUCACAGUUUGGAUUCUGUGCCUGCUGAAUUCAUCAGCCUGCUUCAGGAAGAUGAACUAAAAUUUGCUUUUUGUUGUGUCAGGUUUGCUUUCCCACACCUAAAUUUCCUACGCAAUGAAAAGUCGUGUUGUGGGAGAGUUUAGGUGUUUUAAUUCUCCAUCAUAUUACGAGGAGGAAACUAAACAAGAUUUCUGUCUGA